AAUCUCUCUGAGGAAUGCAUUCAAGACUAGUGACGGGCAUAUUGCCACGUUUAUCGCCCGUGAGACAAUCUUGCUUGAAGAGGAGCCCUCUUUCUACCUUCAAACGAAGUCUGCGGAAUACGAUUUCACGAGGUUCUGUGGAUGUUUUGCAUCCUGCCGGUGAAGACGAACAAUAUGAUUUCGGAUACUAUGACGUGAUCCUGCCCAAGGAACCAUUCGUAUGGGGUGUUUCACACAUUCACCCAAGGGCGUUACCUGCGCACAUCCAGCGACCUAGCUACGCAGUUUCCGAGAACUCAGCGGGAACUCAGAGUAGUCACACUAUCGUUCCCGCACGCAAGCUUGCAGACCUUACUGGGGAGAACAAUGCACGACUGCGGCGGGCGGCAAGCCUUGGGAGAGAAGUGCUCGAAUACGCAGGGAGCUUGGUGAAGCCUGGUGUAACGACAGAUUAUAUCGACGCACGAGUGCACGACAUGAUCAUCGCUCGCUUGGCGUACCCUUCGCCCCUGCUCUAUAAGGGAUACCCCAAAUCGUGUUGCACAAGCAUCAACAAUGUCGUUACACACGGCAUCCCAGACGAGCGGCCUCUCCAAGACGGCGACAUAGUGAACAUCGACAUCACAGCGUUCAAGGACGGCUUCCACGGCGAUACGUCCCGCACCUUCCUCGUCGGCGAUGUGGAUGACAAAGGUCGGGAGCUCGUACAAGUGACCGAGGAUGCGCUGGAGGCCGGGAUCGCAGCAUGCGGUCCCAACCGGCCUUUCAAGGGCAUCGGCAAAGCGAUAUUCGAGUCGAUCAGACAUAAAGAUUUUUGCGUCUCCACACAAUUUACUGGUCAUGGAAUCGGCGGAGACUUCCACAGGCCACCCUGGAUCUUACACCACUUGAAUGAUGAACCCGAUGUAAUGCAGCCCGGGGACUGUUUCACGAUCGAACCAUGCAUCAUUCAGGGGUCGUCCCCACGAGCGUGGAUCUUCCCCGACGGCUGGACAGCCUCCACCGAGAAUUGUGCACGCGGUGCGCAAGCGGAAGAUAUGGUUCUGAUCACGGAUAUGGGCGCGGAAGUGUUGACAAGACGUUGAUUGCCUGUGCUUCUUACUUUUAGUGCUUUAAACGAGAUGCGAUACAGUAGUGUCCA